AUGAAGGUCUCAUUCUCCGCCAUUGCCGCUGUUGCAUUCACCUUUGCUUCGUCCGUCAACGCCUGGCGACUGAACGCUUUCCAGCUCCAAAACUUCGAGGGCCCUAAGUUCACUGCCGGAGGCCCAGGCGCAUCUGGAAGUGCCUGCCACAGUAUCGGUGAUCUCAACAACAAAGUUUCAUCUCUCGAAUGGUACUCUGACGACCCAACUCACGGCACUCGCUGUUGCUUCGUUCCUUUCAAUGGUUUAAACUGCCAGGAGGGCUUGGGCCAAAGCUGGUGCCGAAACAUUCGUGUCUAUGACCUUGGACAGAUCAACAUGGACAACAAGAUCAGCUCCUUCCGCACCGACUGCUACAAGCCAACAACCAAGCGAAUGGAGGAAUUCCAGUUUUAA